AGCUACCAGAAGCCUCAACGUGCCGACGAUUUCCAAGGGUUUCGGAGCAUCGAAGCUCUUUUCCUCGGCCGAUUUUUCUGACGGCAGACAUCAGCGGCUGUCUUAAGUUGGUACUGCCGACUGAAAACUGAAACAGCCCACGGCGCAGACGGUGACGUGAUAGCGGUCGGCAGUUCGGUUGCUCUCUUUUGUUUGAGAGCUUCUGUGAGUCACAGGAUCAGAACGGCUUUCUGGAUAGAUCACGGAUAAGCAUCAAAUCCUGUUGCAGUGCGCGGAGACUUCUGCGGAAGUGAAAUGGACGCAGACCAACAUGAGCAGAGCCUGGACCGGCUCCCCGAGUUGGCGCUGCUGGAGGUGCUGAAGCUCCUGCCCAUCAAGGACCUGCUGACGUGCCGCCUCGUGUGCAAGCGGCUCGGCGAGCUGGCGAUGCACCCGACCGUGUGGCAGGAAAAGAGUUGGGGUUGGGGAGAGAACCACCAGAAGCUGGCCUGCCCGGUGCUGCGUCUGGCGCCGUGCCUGGGUCGCGCGGAGGGCCUGAGGAGCAGAGACGGCUGCGUUCACACCUUGAGCACGACCAGGUGUGCCGUGGAACACUUGGAGAUCGAUGCGAAUGUCAAAUUGUCGGCCUCGGCGCUGGAGGCGGCCCCGGCAGUGCUGGAGGUGGCCCUGGCGUUGCAGCGCCAGGAGGUGCUUGGCCGACUGAGGAGUCUGUGGAUAACAUUGCAGCCCAAGGACACGACCAAGGGCCAUGACUCCCAACUGUACAGAACAUUGGCGUUGACAUCUCGGCUGCUGGAGACCCUUGUCGUGGAAGUUAUGCCAGAAGCGCGCGCCACCCCCGGCACGGAGUGCUGCUUCGAGGGCAUCCAGGUCCCCAGCUCACUAAAGAGGGUCGAGUUCUAUUCACUGAGGCAAGAGACCGCCUUGGUCGACUUCCUCCUGUCCACACACGCCGCCACCCUGGAGACGGUCCGCUUCCACGGGCCCGCGUCCACCUCGACGCUGCAGCUGCUGGCCGGACUCCCGCGCCUCCGCGAGCUCACCUGCCGGCUGCAGGUGGGGCUGGAGGCCCUGUCGGCGAGCGAGUCCCUGCAGGUCCUGUCCAUUUGGGUGAAAGGUCGGGAAGAAGAGUCCGCCUCCGCUGAGGCUGUCGCCGGUGCCGAGUCUUUCCUCCGCCAGGCCCGCCAGCUGCGGCAGGUAUCGCUCCAGUGCGGUUAUGGUGCACACUCCUCCCAGUUCCCCGCGGCGCUGGUCAAGGCCCUGGCCAAGGGGGGCGCGCGCUCACACGUCGAGAAGCUCUGUGUCGUGUGUCGUUGCGACGGACAACAGCAGCUGGAGCGGGCGCUCCUCGACGCGCUGCCGGAGCUGCCGGCCCUGCGGGAGCUGGACCUGGACUGCUGUAGGCGUAGGCAGCCGCAGGACGAGUCGCACAGGCACGAACCACUCGACGAGUCGCACGAGUCGGACGAGCCCUACGAGCAGCUGCUGCGGGGCCUCACCCCCGCCACCGCGCCGGCGCUGCGGCGCCUCACCGUGGUGGCCUGCGCCCACGACUGGACGCACAGGCCGUCGGUCAAGGCGCUGCUGGCGGCCAACCCCUCCCUGCAAGUGCGUGUCGGCUGGCGCGAUAAUAUUUCCUAUGAUGAUGAUCUCAAGCCACUGUCAACCUGUAGAGACUGCUACGCGUGCAAACUGAAGUGCCAUCCAGAGCUGCGAGAGGCGCGAUACAAUAGCCACGUCUGCUUUUCCCUCAAACAGGAACUGUCUACCUGCCCAACCGUCCAUAACCAUUCCAAUCUAUCAUGGUGAAACUCAAAUAAAGCUGUCAAACUUCUGAUUGAAAGAA